ACUGCGCUGUUCCUGUUUCAGCGCACUAGUUGAUUCCCGCAGGGAGCGCGGCGUCAGGACGCACGAGAGAACCCUGGAAUACAGGCGAGACACGCGAGACAUUAAAACAAAAUUGCGUGAGACUUGCGGGGCUGUGUUAUAUAAGGCGAAUAACGGGCUGGCAUGAGGUCGUAGCGGCAUCCAGCCGGACUGGAUGCUGGAUUGACGGACGGACGGGCGGGCGCGUCACAGCUCACGCCGGAGGCUCCCAUGUAUUUCCCCUUAAAGUCUUCAUUCAAAUAGGCGGCCGGCAGGGAGCUGGUCCACUCACCGCUGCUUGUGAUCGGCUAGGCGGCUAACCGGGACGCGCUGUUGCCGCAGAGGAGCGUGCGCAUAGCGGGGAUGUGCAGAUGGACUCUUCUCCAACCCAUUUAUCCGACAUUUGGCCUCUGGUGGAUAUGAUGAUUUCUGGACCCUCCUGCGCUUUUGCCAUUCACACGAAUAGAGGCCCAUGUCUUAAUUAGGAGACAAAGAAUUAGGCUACUGGACAGAGUAAUCUGGUUAAGGAGGCUUCUAGACGUUCGAGUUGCGCAUCAGUCAGUUCCCCUGCUGGAGUAAAAACCGCUUCUGGACCGUGAUGGAGGGAGACGCCGGGGGCGCCGCGCCGGUGGAGCCCAUGCCGGGAUAUUUGGAACUCAUCACCAAAGGCUUUACCGCCAUGCUGGGCGCGUGGAGGGACUGUGCCAACUGCGGGCUGCAGUUCUCCAAGCAGACUCUGCUGGAAAACGCGCACAUCACCUGGACCGAGAUUGCCCUCUUUGUCUUUUGCGCCUUUUUGUGGACGAUGGUCAGGUGCGGACUGACAGAAUGUCUGUUCAAGCCUCUUGCACAGAGGUGCAGGCUGCUACCCAAAGAUGCUGCCAAGAUGCCGGAGAGCUCGUGGAAGCUGGUCUUCUACACCAUGUCCUGGUCCUACAGCACCUACCUGCUCUUCUUCACCUCCUACCCUUUUUUUCACGACCCGCCCUCUGUUUUCUACAACUGGAAGAGUGGGAUGACGGUGCCCACGGACAUCGCCAUAGCCUACCUGAUCCAGGGCAGCUUCUACGGCCACUCCAUCUACGCCACGGUCAACAUGGACGAGUGGAGAAAGGAUUCUGCCGUCAUGGUCGUGCACCACAUCAUCACGCUGGCACUCAUUAGCUUCUCCUACGCAUUCAGGUACCACAAUGUGGGAAUUCUAGUGUUAUUCCUGCACGACAUCAACGACAUCCAGCUGGAGUUCACCAAGGUCAACAUCUACCUGAAGUCCAGAGGAGGCAGCUAUCAUCUGCUCAACGACAUCCUGUCCAACCUGGGCUCCGUCAGCUUCAGCGUGUCCUGGUUCUGGUUCCGUCUCUACUGGUUUCCUCUCAAGGUUCUGUACGCCACCUGCGUGUCCAGCAUCCAGUCUGUCCCCAACAUCCCCUUCUACUUCUUCUUCAACGCUCUCCUCUUCGCCCUGCUGCUCAUGAAUAUCUACUGGUUCUUGUUCAUAGUAGUGUUUGUAGUGAAAGUGUUAAAGGUGAAAGAAUUGAACGACGUCAGGGAGUACGAGGAUGACAAUGGUAGCAGGGCAGCGAAGGAGCUGCUCGGAGACUCCAAGGCAGACAACAACGAGGAGGAUGCUGGACAUCUCCACUCUGCUCAGGGGAAACACGUGCAGAACGGCGUCACCAAGGAGAAGUAUCUAUAGUCCGGUCUGCUGUCCCGACGCUCGAGACCCCCCCCCCCCUCUCUGGACAGCUCUCCGGCUGCAGAAAAACAGUGUCAGGAACGGAAGGUUAAGGGUGCAAUUAGUGUUUAUAUUCUGAUGUAGAUCGUUUAAUUUAAUGCCUGUGAUUUCUGUUUUUUUUUUUUUUGUUUUUUUUUUUUUUAGAGCACUGUGAAUGUGAGUUCAGCUGACGUUUUGUCUCACCGUUGGUAACAUUUGAUGUAUAAACGAACCGGUUUGAGUGACAGCUGGACUGGGACGAUCAGGACGUCGGAUCUGACGCUGGAUGGAUGGAUAGAUGGAGAUACAUUUUAGGAAUCUGGUGAACAAACAACAACUAAACCUCAUGGUCCGUGUACAUAAUGGUUAACCAGUUUUAUCUGACAUGAAAAGCCAACAGGUUUCCCUUUUUAUGCCUGUAAACGAGAAGAAAAAUGGUUUGGAAAACUGAAAAACACACGUGGGAAAUCUGGGAACCUGGUUGUUGCUUUUAUUCUCUCUUAAAGUGUGAACUGCCUCCCCUGCCACAGAUUGCCCCCUAACUUAAGUGUUUUUGAGCUGUACGGUAGUUCUCUUACCUAAUCCUGGGUGGGAACUUUUGUGGGUGGAGUUUGCAUGUCCGAGUUUCUCACAGUCCAAAAACAAGCUUCAUAGGUUAAUUGGUUUCUCUCCCCUAAGUGUGUUUGUGUCACACUUUUGACCCACUCAGGGUCAAAACAGGAACUGGAUCGGCUAAAUAAUCUUCUGAGAUAUUUGAAGGGCAUCUCUGAAAUGAAAUGUAAUCUGUGGCAGGUGGGCGUUUUAGCACAGAACACCUGUUCUCCUUACAACUUCUGUAAAUGCUCUUGGAUUCCCAGAUGUUAUCUUGAACCGCCUGUUGUGAAAAGUUAGAUUUUGCCGCAGAAGACGGUCUUUAGUCUCCCGUUGAGAGCUGGAUUCAAACAGUCAGGUGACGAUAAUCCUGCUGUAUGUUGGUUUUUCAAAAUAGGACAGAAAAUUAGGUGUUAAACUGUUAUUUUUUUUCUUCGUUUUAUUUUAAAACCCAAAAUAAAUGUUUCUCUAGCUUUUAGGAAAGCUACGGAGCUCCUAAAGGGUCAUCAAACUAAAAAAAAAAAAAGAAAAAUUAAGUUUAAUGUUUUUUUUUUCUAAAAACUGAUUUUUUUCCUUGUUACUAACAGAUGUGCACCAGAUAGUAAUUAAAACAUUUUUUUCUAAAAAUUGAAGUAAAAAACAUUUUUUUAAGGAAAAAAAAAUCCCAAAAUUAAAGUAAAAUUUUUUUUUCUUCUAAAAACUGAAUACAUUUUUUCUUCCUGGCCACUAACGGGUGUGGACCAGAUAGUAAACGGAAAAAAA